UUGAAAGAGUACUUAAAUUAAUUUUAAAACGAUGGAGCAAAUUGACGAAAUCAAAGAAAUUCUAAUAAAAUAUUCAACAGCUGAAGAACUCUUGGAUAAAAAAUUACAAGAAAUAAAACAAGAAGAGCUGAAAUCGAAAAUAAACGAUGAUUGCAGUGAUAAAUCUUCCCAAGAGCCUUGUAAGCUUCUUAAUUUGGAAGAGGCAAAGCUCAGAAAUUCAAAUCUCAUCAAGUCAUUGGAAAUUUCCAAAGCCCGCUUGAGAUCCAGAUCGACGUUCUCACCCGUUGAACAAAUUCUACAACAGGCAAUUCAUAAUUACCGGAAGAAACCUGCAUUAUCUCAACUUCCAAGCUCAUAACUGUUACUCCUAUUAAACCAUUAAUAGAGACACGUCAUACCUACAUUCCUUUUUUUUAACUUAAUGUUUUAAAUCGAUAUUGAAAUAUAAUCAUGAUUUAAUAAAAAAGUAUGUUUUAUAUUUGUUAAAAGCUAAUAAAUUACCACAUGCGAAAAGCUUGCUUUGUCU